AUGUUCACUGCUCCGCGCUUGAACCGUCUCGACGAGCUAUCGACGUGGCAGCCGGCGUUUCUCGCGGCCACGGACGCUGCGAUGACCGCCUACUACUUGCGCCCCAACUAUGAGGACGCCACCAUUGUGGAUUCGAUUGGCCCGGCGCGGUUGCACGUACUCCAAACCACCGUCAACGCCGCGGUGCCCGAGGUCCCCGACGACCUGACGCCAGCUCAGCGCGACGGCGCCGAGAUCAUGCGGAAGCGCCAUCUCGACGCGCAGCUCAAGGACGCCAUUGCCUCGGAAUGUGGCGCGAUUCGGUCGCAGAAAGUGCAGCUCGCGUGCGAGCACCUCCUCUCGGCCAUCGUCCCGUCGCUGCAUCAUCAUGUAGCGCCAACCACGGACCCGUACCGGAUGUGGCAGCGACUGACGGCCGCGGCGUCCAGCGACGUGAGCGCGCUAACCGUGGCCUACGCCAAGGUGACGGACACCCGCUUCCAGGCUAAACGACCCAGCUACGAGGCACCAGGCACGUUCUUCCAGCGCUUCGACGCUGUCGUGGACCCAUUCUUGGAGCAGCUUUUGACGCCACCCGCCGACGUCGACGUGGCAGCGUACCGGGCGGCGUUGACGGCCAAGCUCAAGUGUGUCUUGCUGGCGCACGCGACAGGCCCCGCAUGACGCGAGUGUGCUCUC